AUGGAACAGUGGAGCGGUGAACAACGUGCUUAUGCGAUAAAAUAAUUUUACAAAAAUAAUUACAUUUACGUAGCUGCACAGCGUUCAUUUCGUCUUCAUUUUAAUCUUAAACGCCAUGAUUUGGUACCACCGACUAAGAUUAUUAAAAUAUGGGUAACCAACUUUGAAGAAACGGAUUCAGCAUUAAAAAAGAAGCCUUUACAAAAAAAAACCACUUGCACACCUGAAAAAGUCGCUGCUGUUAUGGCUACUCUCAUAAAAAGUCAAAAACGUUUUGUACGAAAACAUGCGUUAUCGUUAAAUUUAAUCAGUAGAAGUCUACGUCGGAUUUUACACAGCGACCUAAACUUUCACCCGUAUAAGAUGCAGGUGAUUCAAAUCUUUAUAGCCGCACAACUUUUUUUCGAGAAAUGCUAACCCAGAUAGAUGAAAACGAAAACUUUAUUCAAAAUAUUUCUGAAAAUGGUGAUAUUCAUUGGCCGCUUCGAUCACAUUAUUUAUUAGUAUGUGAUUUCUUUUUUUGGGGGUAUUUAAAAAGUAAAGUCUAUGCACAAAAACCUCGAAAUAUUGAUGAAUUAAAAACCAAAAUUAAAGAAGAAAUCGCCAGUACACCUUUGGAAUUGAUACACUGUGUAGUGAAAAAUGUACGAAGUAGGCUAGAAAAAUGCUUGCUAAGGAUGACCAUCAUCUUGAGGACAUAA